GAUCAUCUUAUCCUGGCAAAGCUACAUUUCUAUAUGGCUAUCACAAGGACUUUCAGUCCUUUUCUUACCUUCUAUCAAACAGAUGUGCCUGUGAUUCCGUUCCUUGCCAAAGACUUGGCUGAGCUGUUGAAGAGUAUGCUGAGGCGUUUUGUCAAGAAAGAAGUACUCAAGGAUAUUAGUCCACUUCAGCUGGUCAGAUUGGAUGUCUGUGACAAUCAGAGCUGGGUCAACCCAAAGGAAGUUAACAUAGGCUUGGGUGCAGAAUCUCUUCUUAAGGAACUACAGAAACAGAAAAAGAUAGGGGAACUCACAGUUCUGGAGUUUAGGAAAGAUUGUCUUAAAAUGAUGUCUACCAUCAUCCAGAAAGUACAGGAAAAGAGCCCAUUAAAGUAUCCUGUAGUGAGGCAGGUGGCCUGUUUGGAUCCCAGCAUGAUGUUAUCUGACCCUGACUGGUGCAAGAGCAACAUGACAAAACUGGUGCAGAAGUUUUUGCAAGCCCAACAGUUGUCAGGAGGUGUCUCUGCUGGUGAUGUGAUAAUCCAGCAGUUUAGUAACAUGUUAUCUGCUGAAAAUGAGACCCUUGUCUCAUACAGAUCCACAGAGACCAGGCUAGAUACGUUCUUGCAUGGUGUACUUGCCGAGCGCUAUGAUGAGUUGUGGGGCUUUUGCAAGAAACUGCUUCUCCUGUCCCAUGGGCAGGCUACAGUGGAGAGGGGAUUCUCCAUUAACAAAGAAGUGGAGACCUGCAAUAUGCAGGAGGAGACAAUGGUCACACAUCGACUGGUAUGCGAUUAUGUCAACAUCUGUGGAGGGCUCCUCAAUGUGCCUAUUUCUAAAGAGUUACUGGCCUCAGCUGCAUCUGCCAGGUCUAGAUAUAGAAUGCACCUGGAUCAGCAGAAGGCUAAGAAAAUUACAGAUGUCCAGGCACAGAAACGGAAAUCUUUAGAAGAAAACAUUGAGCACCUGAAAAAGAAAAAGAAAAUUCUGGUCCAGGUAUCUAUGAGCCUGCAGAGGGAUGCGGAUCAGCUUGCAGAAGAAGCUGAAGGAAAAGCUGGCACCUUGAUGGCACAGCUCAUUACAAAAUCGAACACACUGAGGAAGAGGUAUAAAGAAAAAACAAGUGAAUUACAGCAAAUUGAGACCGAGUUGGAGGCAAAGGGCAAAGAACUGAGAUCAAUACAGUAAAAAACAAAUGUUCAGGUUAAUGGCAUGCAGUGUACUUACUGCUGUGCAGUGUUUGUUUGAAAUCUUCAUAAGCCCA